GGCAGUUACGUUGAGAGAUGUUGCGGCGGGGCGCUAUAGAGCAGCCGCCCAGCAGCCCGGCAACCACGGGCAGCCAGCUCCAGUAAACACCCGCCAAAACGUCACCGCAUCACCGCGACUCUCUGCCUGUCUUGCCCUGGUCAACAUUUCUGUCUUGUCGCAUCUCGAGACUCUCUCUCUUUUUAAAACUUCCCCCGAUACCCAUAGCACCGCCAUCGAUUCUUUUCAUCAAUUAUCUCGCCCGCACUACCUGCCGCCCGCCUCAUUCUUUUUCUUGGUAGCAGCUGAUCAUUCUCCCACUAGUCCCAACUGACUACCGUCCCUCCCGCCGCACUCGCAUAAACACAAGAAAGCCUCAUACACCCGAACAAUGGCGCAGUUUCUCACCACCGUGUUAGUUUUCCUUUUCCCCUAGCCCCCGUAGCGAAUAGUCCAGGUCGACGAGCAAAAACAAUGUCUACGCUCAGCUACAUCAAUCGCAACAUCGCGUCUGCCAUGGGCCGCUUCGACCAAAGUAUCUCAGUCCAUGAGGAUGAGACUGCUGCGAACGGGCUUGCCAGAGUCGCAGGAUCGAAAUCCCUUGCUAACUUGCCUUCUGCUACUGUCAGUAACCAGCGAACGAGGAACCAGUUCCGACCCCGCGUCGGUAAAGGCGGCGCGACUAGCUACCAGCUUCGUCAGUAUGCCGAGGUGACGCUGGGAGGCGGCAGUCUGCGCAAGGUUGUCAAGCUUCCCGAGGGUGAAGACGAAAAUGAGUGGCUUGCAGUCAACAUGGUCGACUUCUACAACCAAAUCAACCUGCUCUACGGUGCCAUCACAGAAUUCUGCUCUCCCCAGUCCUGCCCUGAGAUGAAGGCUACCGACGAAUUCGAGUACCUCUGGCAGGACAGCGAAAACUACAAGAAGCCGACCAAGAUGCCUGCUCCCGCAUACAUUGAACAGCUCAUGACAUGGGUACAAUCUAGCAUCGAUAACGAAUCAGUGCUGCCGAGUAAGAUAGGCGUGCCGUUCCCCAAGUCCUUCCCCGCUCUGGUUCGUCAGAUCUUCAAGCGCAUGUACAGAGUCUACGCGCACAUCUACUGCCACCAUUACCCUGUCAUUCGAGAGCUCGGUCUUGAAGCGCAUCUCAACACAAGUUUCAAGCAAUAUGUGCUCUUCAUUGACGAACACAGUCUAGCCAGCGGCCGUGACUACUGGGGUCCCCUCGGUGACUUGGUCGACAGCAUGCUGAAGAGCGACUAAAAGCACAGCAAGUGAUAAUGAGCGGAUGCAUGAAUAGAGGAGCUGGGCGUUUGGUUUAAUAUUCGUUGCAGGAUUUCAUUUUCUUUUUUCUCAUCGUGGCGCAAUGCGAGACGCUGGCUUCUUGCCAGUACUUGCCACACCGUCAAGCACCCUAGACAUAUAUUUCUUUCCCAAGGCUAUUGCCUGACAGAAACACUCUAGGUUAAAAAUUCUUUUGUAUAAUUAAUUCAUUUUUUUCUUCCUUCAUCGC